AUGUCUUCGAGCUCAUCCACUUCAAGGAAUCAGCUACAAAUGACUUGUGCUCAAGUGCGAGAAGGGGUAAAGCUUUGUGAUUGUGACGUUCCAACUAAAGAACAUGCGUGUUGGAAGAUAACAAACCCUGGGAGGCGUUUUUGGAAUUGUCAAAACAGUUUGAUUGGCUAUUUGCAUACUAGGUUGAAGAAAUGUAACUUCUUUGAAUGGAAAGACGCUGAACAUGAAGAAGGGUAUUGCAAAAACAUUCUAUAUUCUCUGAAGCAGAAACUAGAUGCUAAAGAGGAUCUGUUUGAGAUGAAAAAUUUGAGGAUAAAGAUUGUUGAAGUGGAGUUCCUGAUGUCACAGGAGAAGUGUAAGGUGACAAAGAGUGAGAAAGAUAUUUCUGAUUUAAGGAAGGCAAUAGGCAGGUACAUGAUGAUAGUUACAUUGCUGUUUAAUGGCUUGGUCUUUUAUGUUUUGAAGUUAGGUAGUGACUAUAGUUAG